UUUCGCUAUUGUCAUGAUUGCAGAUUUAAUAGCUGCUGGGGUCUAUGUUGGAUGAGCUAAAUGGAUCAGAGCAGCAAUUCCACCGACAUGUGGACAAGCCAUGGAAGUCCCUGACAUGACAGUGAAGUUCACUCUUCUAGAAUCUUCUGGAAGAGCGCUGGGGCCCAAGUUUUGAGGCCAGGCAGCGAUGAUGUUCACUCCAGGAGCAAGAUUGGAUUUGAGGAACAUAUAUCUCGAUGGACACAAUAACUGGAUUUUUACUAGCUGGAGUAGGCAAUGUGGAUUUGCGGAGAAAGACAAAUUACCUAAUUGUGGACUCAAAAAUAACUGUUAAGCAAAUUGAAGAAGCAUUCAAGGAGUUUACAACAAGAGAAGACGUUGCAAUAGUGAUGAUCAGCCAAUAUGUUGCAAACAUGAUAAAGUUUUUUGUAGAUAGCUACAACAAUCCAAUUCCAACAAUUUUGGAGAUUCCUUCCAAGGACCAUCCUUACGAUCCAACACAUGAUUCUGUUCUUUCAAGAGUGAAGUACUUCUUCUCUGAUUUUCACAUUUUAUGUGUUGUAUGCUUGAAUCACUACUAG